AUGGAUUCCCUCAGUGAAAUGCCAUUGAUCGAUUGCAGCAUUCAGGAACAUUUGGCUGGGUCCGAAACCACACCAUCAACCAGUCAUCAAUGGAUCAGCAAGCCUGAAGUGCCGUCCGGAGAUGAGAUCAUGGGCAUCGAUGGUACAGAAUCGGGAGACGAUGUGAUUUUGCCAUCGAACAGGCCCUUUGGCCCAUGGCCAUCUGCAACAGAAUACCUCAGAACGCACUAUGAGCUACUCAGAGAGGAUGCUAUUGCGCCGCUUCGGGAUGCUGUGACUGAUCUACGUGAUGGCCCCAAUAUGAAGGACACCAAGAAAGUAUCCGUAUACGAGAAGGUACACAUUGUCCGUGUGACUGCAGCUCCCCGAGGAAUCGCAUUUCGAAUCCGAUUCUCCACCAAGCGUGCUGGCAAGAAGAUCAUGUGGGACCAUUCAUCUCGUCUUAUGGCAGGUUCCCUUGUCGCCUUAUCCCCGGCCAGGGAUUCCUUUUCGACCAAGUGUGCGGUGGCAACUGUGGCAGCACGGCCCCUGGAUAAUGUGAACAAGUAUCCACCGGAGAUUGACAUUUACUUCGCCCGCCCGAAGGAUAUUGACAUUGAUUUUCAACAAGAGUGGGUCAUGGUCGAGGCUAAAGACAGCUAUUUUGAAGCCUCCCGGUAUACCCUGACUGCUCUACAAAAGAUGGCCAAAGAGAGUUUCUCAUUGGGCCAGUAUAUCUGUCACUUGGACCCCAAUGUCGCCAUGGCGGAUCAUGUCGUGAGAAAUCCGCUUAUGGAUCUACAGUCAUUGGCCGGUGUCUCUAUUGGAGAAAGGUCUGUGUACAAUAUCUUCGAUGAUCUGCCUACCGCUCCUAUGGGGAGUCUGAAUACUAUUCAGUGGCAAGCACUAAAGGAGAUACUGACGAAGAGGAUUGCUCUCAUCCAAGGCCCUCCAGGUACUGGAAAGACCCACGUCUCAGUCGCUGCGUUGCAAAUUUUUUUGUCCAAUAUGGUGAAACGUGAUCCCCCGAUUGUCAUCGCCGCUCAUACAAACCAUGCAGUGGACCAGCUUCUCACUUUGGUUUCUAAAUCCGAGCAGAAUUACAUUCGCUUGGGUGGAAGAAGCAGUGAUGCGGACAUUGUCGCAAAAUCAUUGUACGCCAUCAGGAUGUCUGGUCCGCUUCCAAAGUUCAAUAAAGUUUUCAAGAACUCAAGAAAAGAACUGGACAGAUUGGCCUCCGAGAUUCUUGAUCUCUUCGAUCCAUUGAAGGAAGAGACAUCCGGAACUCCCAUCAGUGCUUCUUCCUUUCUCGAAUAUGGCUUGUUGACAUCGGACCAGGUUGAAUCCCUCGAACACGCGUUGAAUCUCUUGACGGGGUGGAAUGACAAAGGGGAAGAUGACCCUAUCACACACUGGCUCGAAGGCCAGAUGUCGCCCUUCUGGGUGAAAUACGGAGAAGAGCAUGCGAGAUCUAUUGAGGAUGACAAUGACCAAGUGUAUGAGGCCAUGCAAGAAUCAGAAACUGGUGACCGAGAGUUUCUAAAUGGCAGAUAUGUCGCCUUUGAGACAAAGUUCUGUGGACGAGACAACACGUCCGUUUCUGAAAAAGUCAUUCACGAUCACCUACAGAAUCCCGACCUGGGGAAGAUCGAAGCGAAGCUACGGGGUCGCAUCUACAAUCAUCUCCGCGGUGAGCUGAUCAAAAUAUUGAAUGAGAAGGUCCGAGAGCUUGCAAUCAAAUACCAGGAAGCUUCCAACAUCUUUGCAAUGACAAGGCAGGAGGUGGACACCGAAAUUCUUCGCGCCGCCAAGCUGGUCGCGAUGACCACAACCGGUCUAAGCAAGUAUCGGGCUCUCGUAGCCAGCGUCAAUCCCAAGAUUGUGCUCAUUGAAGAAGCUGCCGAAGUCCUCGAAGGCCCUAUAACAGCAGCAUGUCUCGAGUCUGUACAACAGCUCAUUCUCGUGGGAGAUCAUAAACAGCUAAAGGGCCACUGCUCCUUGAACGACCUGGCUGGACCGCCUUUCCACUUGGACAUGUCUAUGUUUGAAAGGUUGAUUGGGAAUAACAUGCCAUAUGUCAUGUUGCGAGAGCAGCGACGCAUGAUUCCGGAAAUCCGUGAGCUUCUCCAUCCGAUUUACGGCGAACUUCAUGACCAUCCCUCUGUUCUAGAGUACCCUCUCAUUCCCGGAAUGGGAAAUAUACGCUCGUUCUUUUUCACUCAUGGCUGGCCCGAGCAGGGUGACAGUCUUUUUUCGAAGCUGAAUGAGAUGGAAGCGGCCAUGAUAGUCGAGCUCUACGUCUAUCUAGUCAUGAAUGGAACCCCAGGGAGAAAAAUCACUAUCCUGACAUUUUACAACGGCCAAAGGAAGCUGCUUUACAAGCUCAUGAGGAGCCACAAGCAUAGCGCACUAAUUAUGCCAGUAAAUGUGGUGACAGUUGACUCAUACCAGGGAGAAGAGAACGAUAUCGUUCUAGUGUCCCUUGUUCGAAGCAAUUCGUCCCAAUCAAUCGGAUUCCUGGGGGUGGAUAACCGAGUGUGUGUUGCAUUGUCUCGCGCCAAAAGAGGGUAUUUUCUUUUCGGGAACUCAGCUCUUCUCGCCUCUAACAGUCCACUGUGGAAGAAAGUUCUCGACAUCAUGGCUGCUAACGAGCGUGUUGGGACUGCCUUCAAAUUGACUUGCAAGUCACACGGCCGUUCCAUUGACAUCAGUGUACCCGGUGACUGGAAAGAUACGAACGGUGGUUGCCAACAAGACUGCGGAGAGACUCUGGAAUGUGGCCGCCUGUGCCCAAUGGCAUGUCACAGAUCCAGCCACAGAACAGUGAUCUGUACGGCUAAAUGCAGCCAUGUCCAGCCAUGCUGUAGGGUCGUAUGUGGCAGAUUAUGCAAAGAAGUCCAUUCCCACCACUGCGACUGUGCUGAACAUGCGGUGGUAGUUGAAAGAACCAAGGACGAAGAGAUAGACGACAUUCAAAAGGUGAUUGAUGGUAUUGAGAAGGCUGCUAUUGAUGGCGAAUUUUCUCGUCCGCCGCAUACCCUAGUCAAACAAGGACGUAUCUCGGCCAAACAAACCAUGAGGUCCAUUCUAUACUCCCGAGGUUCAAAACUCAAUCGACCCAAAGACAGCCGAAAAGGCCUCAGAGAGCUACCUACGCCUACAGAUGAGCCGCGAGAUAUUGAGGGCCGGCUGAAAUGGCAGGCAUUUGCGCAAGGGGGCGCAAAAGAGGUGGAUGGGUAUAUUGACACUUUGAACAGAGCAACCGAUGCGACCACGGAUGUUGUGCGAAAUGCAAUUGCUAAUCUUGAUAAGUCCUUUAUUCCCAGGGUUUUCUUGCCGAUCAAACUGUCUCAGGAGCUUCAGAAGCAAGAGGACUUGAAGAAAGAGUCCCAGGGAGCUGAAGAGCCCCUAGCUGAGGAGUUCCAGGCUGAGCUCCAAAAAUCUCAGGAUCACAAGGAAAGAGAAAAGGUGGUGCCCAAGCCCCAGACCCCCUAUGUUGCCGAGGGGCAUCUUCUUGACUUGGAUUGA